AUGAUUAAUACGAGACAACCCGCUGCGAGAGCAGAAGGAGUGGCCCAGUUUCCCCCUAUCGAUUUGAAUUUGUCAUUGAUGGAGUGGCAGCCAGAUGAACAGGGACUUCAGCAGGUCCUCCAGCUGCUUAAGGAUUCCCAAUCUCCCAACACAGUCACUCAAAGAGCUGUCCAACAAAAACUUGAGCAACUGAAUCAGUUUCCUGACUUUAACAACUAUCUUAUAUUUGUUCUUACACGUUUAAAGACUGAAGAUGAACCAACACGUUCUUUAAGUGGGCUUAUUCUGAAGAACAAUGUUAAGGCACACUACCAGAACUUCCCCCCUGGUGUUACGGACUUCAUCAAGAAGGAAUGCCUUAACAACAUUGGUGAUCCUUCACCACUCAUUCGUGCCACGAUUGGUAUACUUAUUACAACCAUUGCCUCAAAGGGGGAACUACAAACAUGGCCAGAGCUUCUACCACAGCUUUGCAACUUGCUUAACUCUGAAGACUACAACACAUGUGAGGGCUCAUUUGGAGCACUGCAGAAGAUCUGUGAAGACUCGUCAGAGCUGCUCGACAGUGAUGCCCUAAACAGACCACUAAAUAUUAUGAUUCCAAAAUUUCUCCAGUUCUUCAAGCACUGCAGCCCCAAAAUAAGAUCCCAUGCUAUAGCUUGUGUGAACCAGUUUAUAAUUGGGAGAGCCCAAGCUUUGAUGGACAACAUUGACACUUUUAUUGAGAGCCUUUUUGCGCUGGCAGCAGAUGAGGACUGUGAAGUGAGAAAAAAUGUUUGUCGAGCCCUUGUAAUGUUACUGGAAGUCCGGGUUGAUCGUCUCAUCCCUCACAUGCACAGUAUAAUUCAGUACAUGCUGCAGCGCACCCAGGAUCCUGACGAAAAUGUGUCUCUGGAAGCCUGCGAGUUUUGGCUAACACUGGCUGAGCAACCCAUCUGUAAAGAGGUGCUCUCUGGUCAUUUGGUGCAAUUAAUACCCAUUUUGGUCAACGGUAUGAAGUAUUCAGAAAUUGACAUCAUACUACUGAAGGGAGAUGUGGAAGAGGAUGAGGCAGUGCCAGAUAGUGAACAGGAUAUCAAGCCUCGAUUCCAUAAGUCGCGGACUGUCACUCUUCAGCAUGAAGGCGGUGAAGCAGAUGAUGAUGACGACGAUGAUGAUGACGACGACGAUGAUACAUUGUCUGACUGGAACCUGAGGAAGUGCUCAGCUGCAGCGUUGGAUGUUCUCGCAAACGUGUUUCGGGAUGAACUUCUGCCUCACCUCCUGCCGCUCUUGAAAGGCCUACUGUUCCACCCAGACUGGGUUGUCAAGGAGUCUGGCAUCCUGGUGCUGGGAGCUAUAGCUGAAGGCUGCAUGCAGGGCAUGGUGCCGUACCUGCCAGAGCUCAUACCUCACCUCAUUCAGGGUCUAUGUGACAAGAAGGCCCUGGUGCGCUCCAUUGCCUGCUGGACUUUAAGUCGCUAUGCACACUGGGUAGUAUCCCAGCCCCCUGACUCUCACCUCAAACCUCUUAUGACAGAACUCCUUAAACGAAUCCUGGAUGGAAACAAGCGGGUUCAGGAAGCUGCAUGCAGUGCUUUUGCUACACUCGAAGAGGAGGCGUGUACAGAAUUGGUUCCAUACCUAGGCUUUAUACUGGACACUUUAGUCUUUGCGUUUGGGAAAUACCAGCACAAGAACUUGCUUAUUCUGUAUGAUGCUAUUGGGACUUUGGCAGACUCUGUUGGGCACCACCUCAAUCAACCAGAGUACAUUCAGAAACUGAUGCCCCCUCUGAUUGCCAAAUGGAAUGAGCUUAAGGAUGAGGACAAAGAUUUAUUUCCACUUCUGGAGUGUUUGUCUUCAGUGGCUACAGCUCUGCAGAGUGGUUUUCUUCCUUAUUGUGAACCUGUGUAUCAGCGUUGUGUUACUCUGGUUCAGAAGACCUUAGCUCAGGCAAUGAUGUACAGCCAGCAUCCAGAUCAAUAUGAGGCUCCAGAUAAAGAUUUCAUGAUUGUGGCUCUGGAUCUGCUGAGUGGUUUGGCUGAAGGUCUGGGCAGCAAUGUGGAGCAGCUGGUAGCCCGUUCAAACAUCAUGACAUUACUUUUUCAAUGCAUGCAGGACACAAUGCCUGAGGUGAGGCAGAGUUCUUUUGCUCUCCUUGGUGAUUUGACGAAAGCUUGCUUUCCCCAUGUUAAACCAUGCAUAGCUGAGUUUAUGCCAAUAUUGGGACUUAACCUCAACCCAGAGUUCAUUUCGGUGUGCAACAAUGCUACUUGGGCCAUCGGGGAGAUCUCUAUACAAAUGGGUACAGAGAUGCAGCCUUACGUGGGUGUAGUUCUUCCACACCUAGUGGAAAUAAUCAAUAGGCCCAACACACCCAAGACACUCUUGGAAAACACAGCCAUUACAAUUGGUAGACUCGGUUAUGUCUGUCCUCAGGAAGUGGCUCCACAGCUGCCCCAGUUCAUCAGACCAUGGUGUUCUUCGUUGAGAAAUAUCAGGGAUAAUGAGGAAAAAGACUCUGCCUUUAGGGGAAUUUGUGUCAUGAUAGGAGUCAACCCAGGGGGAGUUGUGCAGGACUUCAUCUUCUUUUGUGAUGCUGUAGCAUCUUGGGUAACUCCAAAAGACGACUUGAGAGACAUGUUUUAUAAGAUUCUGCAUGGCUUCAAAGAUCAAGACAUAGACCUGCUCGGUUAUUAUGGGGGAGGAUUACUGCAAACACACUGCACUCACCAUGUCAUCGAGAGAAACAUGAGCCGAAGGGAUGGGGCUGGCUUUGACUGCCCACUCAGCGGAGGCCCCACUUGUCAACCCUGUGUUUGUCUGUGA